AGUUGGUCCCUCCUCUCUCUCCCCAAGUCGUUUUGAUCGAAGAGUUUCAUCAUCUACGCUGGAACAAGCCAAAAGACUAGCCUCUUUCUCAGGUUCCUCGCUUCUAAGAAGGCGAGGUCAAGAUGGUACUCCCAUCUCAUGGAGAUGGAAAUGGUGGUGCUUCACUUGAUUCUGGCCAUGCCCGUCUUCAUGAGCUCGGCUACAAACAAGAGCUCAAGCGUGAUCUAUCGGUCCUUUCAAAUUUUGCGUUUUCGUUUUCUAUCAUAUCAGUGCUCACUGGUAUCACAACUCUCUACAACAAUGGGCUGAACUAUGGUGGUCCUGUGUCUGUCGUGUAUGGUUGGUUUGUAGCUAGUGCUUUCACCAUGUUAGUUGGGUUGUCCAUGGCUGAAAUUUGCUCAUCUUACCCGACUUCGGGUGGGUUAUACUACUGGAGUGCCAAACUUGCUGGCCCGGGAUGGGCACCUUUUGCCUCCUGGAUUACGGCUG